AUGGCGCCUAUCUUGAAGUUGUGCAAAUAUUACUUUGAACUUGAGCCGGUAUUUGGAACUCGGCAUGCUAAUGUUAGACUGGCUGCUACCCGCAGUUUACCAGCUACUUCUCGAAAUGUUGAAAGCAAGGAUGACGGUCAAAUCCAACGUGAUGCGAGGGAACACUCUAUCAAUUCUAAUUUAGCUUAUGAGAUGGACCAAAACGGCUCGAAACGCACUCAAUUGGAGGAAGGGAUGAACGGAUCCUUAGUUAAUGAUUCACACUUACCUAAUGAGGAUUCAGACGCUCAAUCCGAUGACAUUACUAUGGAGGAGAUGAGGAGAGUUAUGAACGACAACUUUGAUGAAACUCCUGGAAUUAGUGAUACUUACACACCAAUUCGAGCUUUUCAAUCUUCUCAAACUCGGUCUCAACCUCAACUAUCUUCCAGUUCCCUCAAACGCACUUCUUCAAAACAUUCUUUGGAAUCAGCAAGCCAAUCGACCAUGAGCAAACGAGCACGCCAAUCUGGUUCAGCCUCUUCAAUUCAAGGCCUUUUCGAAGGACGAAAUUAUGGAUCAUCCUCCGCCGGUGCAGAUACUUUCACCUCCACAAUUGAGCGUGAGGCGGUUAUCAACCAUGGAAAAAAUAUGGAUCGUUUGACUCAACUCGCUGUCAAUAUGAAUACUGCUAUGUUUGGACAACCUACAUCACAACCGGUCUUAAGUGAAGAACAAAUCCAAAAGAAAUCCUCAAUUGAAAUUGAAUUGGCUGAUGUCAAAUUGAGUAGUGAACGAUUCGACUUAGAUUCUCGAAAGGAGAAGCACUUACUUGAAAUCCAGCAAAUGAAGGCUGAGAUGGAACAUCAACAAGUAUCGAGAAAUGCUCAACUCAUCAGUACAUUAAUGCGAGACCAUAAUAUGAAUAUACAUGAUGCUAUGCUUGCAGCUCAGCAAGCGCAAGCAAUGGUCCAAUCAAGUUCAAGUGCGACUUAA